CCAGUAUCUUCCUAAAUGCACAUUAAGAUCACAGCAAUCAAAGUUCUAUUUUUAGAUAAAACCCUGGUGAAACCUUCACAGGUAUGUCUAACCACACCACCUUUGCUAGCGUUUGUUACUAGAGGAGAACGAACGCCUCGGUUCUCUGGGCCAUCACACUGGAGGGGCAGGUGUGCGGGGACCCAGCCCGGGCCGGGGCGGCGCGCAGCGGGCAGCCUCCGGGCGCCGCGGGAAUCCCGCUCCAGGGUCUCGCGAGAACAGCGCCCGCGGACGGCUUCCCGCCCAACGGCCGCGCCGUCAGUUCCCGCUCGGCGCCCGGCCCCGACGCCAUGCUCCGCCUGCUGCUGCUGCUGGCCGGGCUCCGUGGCUGCCCAGCGCCGAGGCCCGGAUCAGAUGUCCUAUAUCAUUCCAAUAAAUGAAACACUGUAUACUGUUCACCUUAAGCAGAGAUAUUUUUUAGUGGAUACUUUUAUGGUUUAUUUGUAUAAUCAAGGAUCUGAGAGUUCUCAUUCUUCACAUAUUCAGCCUCAGUGCUACUAUCAAGGGUAUGUUGAAGGAUAUCCAAAUUCCAUUGUCACGCUCAGCACAUGCUCUGGACUCAGAGGAAUACUGCAAUUUGAAAAUGUUUCCUAUGGAAUCGAGCCUCUGGAAUCUACUGUUCAAUUUCAGCAUAUUCUUUACAAAUUAGGGAAUGACAACAAAGAAUUAUCAAGUUUUAACAAUGAUACCAAGAGCUUAGGAAAAUACUCAAAUGACUACAACAUUUAUGUAGGUGAAAAACCAGAACCACCUGUUCCAGAUAUAUUUCCUCUUUACCUAGAAAUGUACAUUGUGGUGGACAAAGCUUUGUAUGAAUACCUUGGCUCUGAUAGCAUGAUAGUAACAAGUAAAUUCAUUGAGAUUAUUGGCCUUAUAAAUUCAAUGUUCACCCAAUUUAAAAUUACUGUUAUGCUGUCAUCGUUGGAGUUAUGGUCAGAUGAAAAUAAGAUUUCUACAGUUGGUGAAGCAGAGGAAUUAUUGCAAAUAUUUUUAAAGUGGAAACAGUCUUAUCUUAACUUAAGGCCUCAUGAUACUGCAUAUCUAUUCAUUUACAGGGAUUAUCCAGAUUAUGUGGGUGCAGUGUUUUCUGGAAAGAUAUGUGCUCCUCAUUAUUCUGCAGGAGUGGCAGUGUAUCCCAAGGAGAUGACUUUGGAGGCGUUUUCAGUUGUUGUCUCCCAGAUGCUGGCACUCAGUCUGGGGAUAUCAUAUGAUGAUCCAAAGAAAUGUCACUGCUCAGAAGCCAUCUGUAUAAUGAAUCCAAGAGCUACGACAUCCAGUGGUGCAAAGACUUUUAGCAGUUGCAGUUUGAGUGACUUUGAAAGUUUCAUUUCAAAUCAGGAUGCCAGCUGUCUUCAGAAUAAACCACAAAUGCAAAGACAGAAGAGAGCAGUGUGUGGAAAUCGCAUAGUAGAGACCGGUGAAGACUGUGAUUGUGGUACACAGGAACAAUGUGGGCCUCAAAAUUGUUGUGAUCAUCGAACUUGUAAGCUGAAGAAAGGACUAGAUUGCUUUGAAGGACCCUGUUGCUCAGGAUGCCGUUUUAAGCCCCAUGAUACUGUGUGCAGGGAGACUAAACAUGAUGAAUGUGAUUUCUUUGACCAUUGUUCUGGAAGAUCAGCACAAUGUGCUGCGGACAAGACCAUAAUGGAUGGAAAUCCAUGCAGAAAAGGCACAUCUAUGUGUUUUGAAGGAGACUGCCCAGAUCUUAAUGCACGUUGUCGUUCCUUGUUUGGCCCAGGUUCAAAAAAUGCUCCAUUUGAAUGCUAUGAAGAAAUACAAUCUCAAAUGGAUAGGUAUGGGAACUGCGGUAAACAUGAAGGCAAAUAUAGGACCUGUGCACGGAGAGAUCUCGUAUGUGGGCGAUUAAUUUGUACCUAUCCAAGUACAACUCCUUACAACAGAAAAGGCCCUGGUAUAAUUUAUGCUCUUGUAAGAAAUAAAUUAUGUGUGACUUUAGACUACAGAUUGAAUGAGUCAGAUGCAGAUCCAAUGGAUAUCCAAAACGGCUCUGCCUGUGGUACAGAGAAGAUUUGUAUAAAUAGAAGGUGUGUAGAAUCAAAAGGAGUUAAAUUUACAUCAAAAAAUUGUACGGAUGUAUUGUGCAGUGGGAAUGGAAAGUGCACAAACUUCGGGGUAUGCCAUUGUUACUCAACCUACUAUGGAGCAAAUUGCCAACUGCAAAGGCGAGGAUCAUUGCCUGGGAAAAUUGAUCAAGAUCAGAAGGUAACACUCAGACACACUCCAGUCAAUACAGAUCAGAAAGCAGCAGCCAAGCAAUUACUAUCAAUGACUAGUAAUUCCUCCAGAAGACAAUGGAUGACAUCAGGGAUCUCACAGAGAAAUGAGAAUUCUACCUUCCCUACCCUGGUCACAGCUGAAGGAAUUAAUAAACUGAGUGUGGACGAGCUUGCAUGCCAGCAUGUCUGUUUUUCUUUUCUUUUUUUUCUUUUCUUUCCUUUCCUAAGUCUGUUUUUCUUUCCCACUUACAACAACGCAGAAUUCAACCACUGGGGCUAUACCUCUGACAUUUCAGGAUCCUUAAUUGAAGAGGGCAUUCCAACUAGGGAAUCUCUAGUCCUGUUAGAAUCCUUGAGCUCUUCCCAUUGUCCUCUCCUUGACUUUUCAGCACCUGGCAUCUCCUUCUCAUUUACUUCCCAGGGCUCCAUGUGUAUCCUCUGUCCUCACUCAGUAUGGUCUCUGGCUGGUUAGACCAUGCUGUUCCUC